AUGUCGCUCCGCGCCCCCGUCGCACGCCUCUCGAAGCGCGCGUCGCCCGCCCACAUCUCCAAGUUCACCGCCACGCCGACCUCUUCGCUCUGGCAGCGACCCCAGCAGGAUGUCGCAGCGUCACAGAGGAACCUCGCGACCGUGCCGCCCGUCACUCAGGAUGCAACGAGCUCCAAGGGCCCCACGGCCAUGGUCUUCAUGAACAUGGGCGGCCCCUCCACUACCGACGAAGUUGGAGACUUCCUUAGCAGAUUAUUCUCCGACGGUGACCUCAUCCCCCUCGGCCGCCUGCAAAACUACCUCGGACCCUUCAUUUCGAAGCGCCGCACCCCCAAGAUCCAGAAGCAGUACGCUGAGAUUGGCGGAGGCUCUCCCAUUCGCAAGUGGUCCGAGUACCAGGCCGCGGAGAUGUGCAAGAUCCUGGACAAGACAUCCCCGGCCACUGCUCCGCAUAAACCAUACGUCGCCUUUCGCUACGCCGAUCCCUUGACCGAGGAGAUGUACAACCGGCUGUUUGAAGACGGGUUCGGAAAGGGCCGGGGUGGCCGUGCUGUUGCUUUUACCCAGUACCCGCAGUACUCGUGCAGCACCACUGGUUCGUCGCUGAACGAGCUAUGGAAGUGGCGGAGUAGACUGGAAGGCAAGAGAGCUGGCGAGAGCGGGAACGAGCCUGCUGGUUCGAUCACAUGGAGUGUCAUUGAUCGCUGGCCGGUGCACCCGGGCCUUGUGGAGGCAUUCGCUCAGAACAUUGAAGCCGGAUUGAAGGAGUUCCCAGAGGAGAUCAGGGACCAGGUCAUCAUCCUCUUCUCGGCGCACAGCUUGCCGAUGAGCGUCGUCAACAGGGGCGACCCAUACCCCGCCGAAGUCGCUGCAACCGUGUAUGCCGUCAUGCAGCGACUUGGAAUGAAGAACUCUUAUCGUCUCGUAUGGCAGUCUCAGGUCGGACCGUCAGCAUGGCUGGGCGCCCAGACGUCAGACACUGUCUCGAACUACAUCAAGAAGGGACAGAAGGAUAUGCUGCUGGUGCCAAUUGCAUUCACCUCGGACCAUAUCGAGACGCUUUUCGAGUUGGACAAGGAAAUCAUCCACGACGCAACCGAGGAGGGCGGUAAUGUCAAGAGGGCGGAGAGCUUAAACGGCUCGCCGGUGUUCAUCAAGGCUCUGGCAGACCUUGCCAAGACGCACCUGGAAAGCGGCCAGGCGUGCAGUCAGCAGAUGGGGCUGAGAUGCCCUGACUGUACCAGCGAGCGCUGCGCCGAGAGCAAGCGCUUCUUUGCGAGCAUGCAGGAGAGGUUAUAG